AUGGGAUCAAGUAAUUUUCCGAGGUUCAGGUCUGAUUUCAGCUUUACAAAUUCUGAAGAUCGUCUUUUUCUCCGAGAAUCAUUAGAAACUGUAGCCAGUUCCUUGACAUUUACUGCAAAUGACAUCUGUAUAGAAGAGAGGGGCAGUGAGUGUCUGGAAGAUGCAUGGAAUGAGAACAAUUUGGAGAAUUAUAGUGAGGAAAACAUGGAACAAUUGCAGAAUAAUAGCCAAGAAAUAGAAUACGAAAAUCUUUAUAUAUCUGAUGAGAUAAGGAAUCAAAUCAAUGAAAAGAAUAAAAAGGCCUUGGAAGCCCUAGCUAAAGUUGAACUUCAAAAAGCUGUUGAUCUAUUCUCUGAAGCUAUUGAGUUCAACCCACACAUUUCUAGUUCUUACAUCAACCGCGCCAAUGUCUAUCUGCAAUUGGAAAAACCAAAUGCUGCUAUUAAAGAUUGCAAUAUAGCCAUUGAACUGAAUCCCAAAUCAUCAGAAACAUUAAAAUUGAGAGGAAAAGCAUUCAAGAAAUUAGGCUGUUUAAAAAAAGCAGCCCAUGAUUUUGUUUUAGCUUCUAAGCUAGAAUAUGAUAAAGAGGCCAAUUCAGUACUAAAUGAAUUAAAAUCAGGAUUUCAAAGAAUUUCUGAAAGGCAAGCGAAGUGCAUCCUUACAUAUAAGAAAUCUGAGAUACUGGAGAAGAUUAAGAAAGCACAGAUAAUUUUAGAGGAUCAAAAACAAGACCAGAGAGAGGAAAGUAUUAGCAUAGAACUGGAGAACAAAGUAGUAAGGAAUAAAGAAGAGAAAGUGAAGCUAGACCAUAAUAAAGACUCCCAGGAAAUAAUAUAUGAAAAUGUGCAGACAGAUGAGAAAUGGAAGCAGACGAGUGAAAACAAGAAAGCAGCUUUGGAUGCAAUGGAGAAAGGUGAAUAUAAAAAAGCAGCUGAGUUAUUCACCAAAGCUAUCAAACUAAACCCCCAUAUUACUAACUUGUAUGUUUGCCGAGCCAGUUCUUUUCUGAAACUUCAUAUGCCAAUUGCUGCUAUAAAGGAUUGUAACAAUGCCAUAAAAUUAAAUCCUGGUGUGGCCUUACCAUACAAGUGCCGUGGAGAGGCAUUUUGCAUGUUGGGUUAUUGGCAGGAGGCUACUAAAGAUUUCUCUGUGUCCUGUCAACUAGAUUAUGAUGAAGAUACUUAUGCCAAGAUGAAAGAAAUGCAAACAGAAAAUGAGAAAGUUAUUAAAUGGUGGACAAACCCAGAUGAAAGAAGUAAUCAGAGAGAAUUUAAAGAGAAGAUAAGCAAAAUGAAAGAAGCUUCUGGGAAAACACAAGGAAAUGAUCCCCAAGAUAAAUCAGUUAUUCAUGAGUCUUGCAAAAAAGAACUGGAUCCAAGAACAUUUCACAUUUCUGAGGAAAAAACAAUUCUGCAUAAUUCCCAAAACUAUAAAAUAUUCCCUCUUUAUUGUUCAGAGGGUCAAAAUGAAACUUAUCCCAUGUCUGCAGUACAAGACCAAGAUCAGUUUAUGGAUUAUGAAAAACAAGAGCACGUUGAACUGCAUGAAAGAAGGGCUCAGAAAGGACCCACGAGGAAGCAAAAAUAUGAAACCGAGUCAGAAAGUGAGGAUAGUGAAUUGGAAAUUGAUACUGAAGAAGUUAUUGAGUCAGAUGAAGAUUUUCCUCAGGAGAUGGGAAAUGAAAAUUUGAAAGUAACUGAUGAAAUGAGAAAACUAGCCAAUGAAAAGAAGAGAGAAGCUUUUGAUGCAGUCAAUAAAGGAGAACUUUUUAAAGCUUUAGAUUUGUUCACAGAAGCUAUUAAGCUCAAUCCACAUCUUACUAUCUUAUACGCAAACCGAGCCAGGGUCUAUCUGAAGCUACAAAAGCCAACUGCUGCAAUUAGGGACUGUGAUAAAGCCAUACAAAUAAACCCUGACUCAGCCCAGCCCUACAAGUGGCGAGGAAAAGCACUGAAAAUACUUGGUUACUGGCAAAAGGCAGCUAAAGACCUUGCUUUGGCCUGUCAAUUAGAUUACGAUGAAGAAUCCUAUGCUUUGCUAAAAGAGGUACAACCAAAGGCUCAGAAAAUUGCCAGGCUCAGGAGAAAGCAGGAACAGAAAGUUGAUGAAAAGAAGAAUAAGAGUCUUUUGAGUGAACUUCAAAAAACUUGUAAGAAGCAACAAAGAUCUCAAAUGACACCUGCAGAAUUAGGAAGAAAUGACAAGGACAUUGUGGAGAAAUGGAGAGAAAAUUGGGGGGGAAACACCAAAGAACAACAAAGAGUAAUAGUUCUGACAAAACAGAAGAGCAUGGCCCAAGACAACAGAGGGACAUGCUUUCAGGAAAGCAAAAGGAAACAAGGUAACUUUUUUGAGAAGGAGGAAGAAGAAGAAGAAGAAAUAGAAGAGGAGGAACAACAACAACAACAAGAAAAAUUCCAAGAGAAUUUACUGAAAGAACAAGAGAACCUUAAACAGAAAGAAAUGAAACACCAAGUCCAUCAGAAUGAAUUGGAGGAACAAGUAAGAGCUCUUCAGCAAGAAUUGAAUGAAAAAUUCAAAAGUUAUCAAGAAGAAAUUGAUGAAGAAAGCACUUGGCGGAGAUUAUUAGAUGAGCAGGAAAAGUCACAGCAAAAGGCACUCUGUGAACAAGAACAAGCUUUUAAAAUAAUCUUGGAAGAACAAGAAAAAAUACAGAAGGCAACCUUGAGGGAACUGGCCAGCGCUCAACAACAGGCUUUAGACGAGCUUGAAAAAGUCACCAAAAAAACCCUGGAAGAACAAGAGAGAGUUCAGCAGCAAGCUCUUGAAGAACAGGAAAAAGCACAAGAGGCCCUGGAUGCUCUGGAAAGAGCACAUAACAGGGCUUUGGAGGAACAAAAAAAAGUGCUUAUAGCUGCAAUGGAAGAACAGGAGUACGCUCAGAGAAAGUCGCAGGAAGAAAAAAGGAUGACUGAGGCAGCUUUAGAAAAACUUGCAGAAGCUCAAAGAAAGGUCCAAAAACAGCAGGAAAGAGCUGAGAGGCAAGUUAAAGAAGAAAGAGAGAAAGCACAAAGAGCUUUAGAAGAAUUAGAGAUUGCUCAGAAAAAGGCUUUGGAAGAUAAGAAAAAAGCUGAGAAAACUCUGGAAGCUGUAGAAAGAGCCCACAGACAGGCUUUAGAGGAACAAAGAAAAAUGCAGGUGGUUGCUGAACAACAGCAAGCAAAAGAAAGUUACCUAGAAGAAAAAAAGCUGACUGAAGCCACCAUGAAACAACUUUCAAGGAUGCAAAAAGAAUUUUAUGAGGGACAAGAAAGUUCAGAAAAGAAAGCAGUAAAAGAGAGAGAAAGGGGUCAGAAAGCCAUAGAAGAAUUGGAAAUUGCUAAAAAGGCAGCCCUAGAGGAACAAGCAAGAGCUCAAAAAGCUCUAGAAACUUUAGAAAAAUCUCAUAUGUGGGCAUUAGGCCAACAGAAGAAAGCACAGGAAAAUAUUCUAAAAGAAAUGUUGAUGGGAGAAGUAGCCCUGGAAGAGCUUUUCAGAACUCAAAAAAAAAUUCAAGAAGAGCGAGAAGAAGCUGGUAAAAAAAUGCUGAAAGAAAGGGAGAUCAUACAAAAGGCCCUCGAUGAAUUGGAGAUUGCUAAAAAGAAAUUGGCUAUGGAGGAACAGGAAAGAGCAGCAGAAGCUCUGGAAGCUGUGGAAAAAGCUCAUAAACAGGCACUGGAGGAACAGAAGAAAUCUCAGAUGGCUGCCAUAGAAGAACAAGAAAAACUGAGGAAAAGGUCUGAAGAAGAAAAGAAGAUGGCUGAAGCUGCCCUAGAAGAAGUUUUCAAAACUCAGAAGAAACUCCAAGAAGAACAGGAAAAAGCUGAAAAAACAGCAAUGGAAGAGAGAGAGAAAGUUCAGAAGAAUCUAGACGAAUUACAAACUAUUAAAAAAAAAGUCCUUGAGGAACAGAAACAGGCUCAGAAGGCUCUGGAAGAAGUAGAAAUAACUCAUCGACGGGCUAUGGAGAAGCAGAAGGCAGCUCAUGUGGCAGCCAUGAAGGAACAGGAGCAAGGAUGGGAAAAAAUGAAAGAAGAAAAGCAAAGGAUGAAGGCAGCUCUGGAAGAGCUUUUAAGGACACAGCAACAGUUCCAAAAAGAGCAGGAAAUGGCUGAAGAGAAAGCAAUGCAAGAAAAAAAGAUAGCUCAAGAAACCCUUGGAGAAUUAGAGAUUGCUCAAAAACAAGCUCUUGAAGAACAAAUGAGAGCUCAAGAAGCUUUGGAAAAUGUAGAAAAAGCUCAUAAACAGGCACUACAAGAACAGAUGAAAGCUCAGAUGGCUGCCAUUGAAGAAUGUGAACAGGCACGGAAAGAAGCGGAAGAAGAAAAGAAGAGGGCUGAGGCAGCUUUAGAAAAACUUGCACAAGCUAAAAUGAAAAUGCGAGAGGAAUAUAAACAGGCUGAGAAGAAUGCAAUGCAAGAAAGAGAGAAAGCUCAGAAGGCCUUAGAAGAAUUACACAUUCUUCAAAGGAAAGCCAUUGAGAAAAAGAAUCAGAGUCAGCAGUCCCUGGAAGCAGUAGAAAUAGCUCAUCAACAGGCUGUGGAGGAGCAGAAAAAGGCCCUAGAAGAAUUGCAGAUUGAACAGAAGAAAGCCAUAGAGGAAUGUACAAAAGCUCAAAAAACUCUGGAAGCUCUUGAAAAAGCUCAAAAAGAGGACCUGGAAGAGCAAGCACGGAAGAAAUCUCAAGAAGAAAAAAAGAUGGCCGAAGCUGCUUUGGAAAAUGUUUUAAGAGCUCAGAAAAAACUUCAAGAAGAGCAGGAAAUUGCCAGGGGGAAAAUUAUGGAAGAAAAAGAGAAUAUACAGAGGGGCCUCAAAGAAUUAGCAAUUGCUCAAAAGAAAGCACUCGAGGAACAGGAAAGAGCUCAGAGUGCUCUAGCAGCUAUAGAAAGAUGUCAUAAAAUGGCCCUGGAAGAUCAAAGAAGAGCUCAGAUAGCAACAAUGGAAGAACGAGAACAAACAAGGAAAAAAAUUCAGGAAGAAAGGAAGAUAGCUGAAGCAGUCUUGGAUGAACUUUUAGAAACUCAGAGGAGAUUCCAAGAAGAGAAGAAAAUGGCUGAGAAAAAAAUAAUGGAAGAAAGAGAAAUAACUCAGAUUGCCUUAGCAGAGUUAGAAAUAGCUCAGAAAAGAGCUCAGGAGGAACAGGUAAGGGCUGAGAAUGCAUUGGAGGCUGCAGAAAGAGCCCAUAAAUGUGUCCUGAAUGAACAGAAGAAAGUUCAGUUAGCUAUUCAAGAACAAGAGCGAGCAUGGAAAAAAUCACAAGAAGAAAAGGAAAUGGCUGAGGCAAGACUAGAAGAACUCUUAAGAACCCAGAAAACUUUCCAAGAGGAACAGAAGAAGGCAGAAAUGACAAUCAUAGAAGAAAGAGAGAGACUUCAAAAAAACAUUAAACAAUUUGAAGAAGUCCAGAAGAGAGCUCAGGAGGAACAGGAGAAGGCCCAGACAUCUCAGCAUGCUCUAGAGAUUGCCAAUGAACAGGCUCUAGAGCAACAGAAGAAGACUCAUUUGGCUGCCAUGAUGGAACAGGAAGAAGCACAGAAAAAAUCUGAGGAAGAAAAAAAAAUGGCUGAAGCAGCCCUAGAAAAUCUCUUGAAACAAGUAGAAAAGGAGCAAGAAACAGCUGAGAAAAAGGCAAUAGAAGAAAGAGAGAAAGCUAAGACAUUGCUAAAAGAAUUAGAAAUUGCUCAGAAGGAGGCCCUAGAAAAUAUAUUGACAGCUAAAAAGAAGAGUCUGGAAGAACAGAAAAGAGCUCAAAACGCUUUGGACAGCCUGGAAAGAACUCAAAAGCAGGCAUUAGAGGAACAAAGAAAUGCUCAAAGGAAAUCUCAGGAAGAAAGAAAGAUGGCUGAGGCUGCUUUGGAAGAAUUAUCAAGAGUUCAGAAAAAGAUCCAGGAAGAGCAGUAUUCAGCAGAGCAGAAAGCAAUUAGAGAGAGAGAGAAAGCACAGAAAGAGUUAGAAGAAUUAGAGAAUGCCCGGAAGAAGGCCAUGAAGGAACAGGAGAAAGCUCAAAAAACUCGGGAUGCUCUGGAAAGAACUCAUAAACAAAUACUGGAGAAAGAAGAAAAAGCACAAAAAAAGUCUCAAGAAGAAAAGCAAUUGGCUGAGGCUGCCCUAGGAGAACUUAUAAGAACUCAGAAAAAGUUUCAAAAACAAAAAGAAAGAGCUGAAAGAAAAGCCAAGGAAGAAAGGGAAAAUGUGCAGAAGUCUCUAGAACAAUUAGCAGUUGCUCAAAAGAGAGCUCUAGAGGACUUGGCAAUAGCUCAAAAGAUGGCCAUGGAGGAAAAUGAAAGAACACAGCAGAGGGCAUUCGAAGAAAAAAGGGCAAUACAUCUGGCUAUGAAAAAGCUGGAGGCAGCACAUGCUAAAGCUAUAGAAGAACAACAGAUAGCACAGAGGCUGGCCUUUGCAGAGCAGCAGAGAACUAAGGAGAUGUUUGUUAACCUAGAGGAAUCACGAAGAAAAGCCCUUGAAGAUCAAGAAGAAGCAAAAAGGAAAGCUGUAGAUGAACAAGUAAGAGCUCAUCAUGCUAUAAAUGAAUUGGCCAAGAUACAAAGGGAAGUUUUGGAAGAACAAGAACAAGCACAGAAGAUAGCUUUAGCAGAACAGCACAAGGCUGAGAUGAUGUUUAAGGAGCUAGAAGAAAGACAGAAAAAAGUCCUCAAUGAUCAGCAGAGAACAUGGAUGAAGGACUUUGAUGAUAAAAAAAAUCCUCAUGUUACUUUAGGGGAAGUUGCAAACACUCAAAUGGUGGAACAGGUGAAUGUUCAUGCUAAUACAGUAGAUGAGCAGAAGGAAGCUCAUAAAGCUAGCAAACUGGAGAAAGCAAAGAAUCCGAUAUUGGAAAAAACACAUAAUAAACAUGCAGCACAAUUUUCAGAGUCUGUUCUAAAAACAGUGAAUGAAGAGGGCACUGCAGUAUGUGACAGUGAAUUUGAGGAAGCACAAAAGAAAGAUUUGAUCAUACUUGGUGGUAAAAAGUUCUAUAUGGAGCCAGGAAAAAUUCUUAGGGAUUUAGACAAGAAGGAAUGCCAGCAAUCCAUUAGGAACAGAGGAUAUGACAAGAAUUCUCGAAGACCAUUCCCAAACUCUGUCUUGGACUUUUUCCCAAACUGA